AUGCAAGACGAUGCGAAAAACGAGCCCGUCCGGUCGGGGACAAGCACAGACACAAAGACAGAAAACGAUGUCGAGGGAAAAGCGGUCGCCACGACUGUUGUUGAGGCAUCUGAGCAAGUCGUAGAUCCCCACGUUGUGGACUGGAACGGACCUGACGACCCGGAGAAUCCCAAGAACUGGUCCAGCGCCAAGCGGUGGUCUCACAUUAUUCUGAUUGCUACUCUGGGUCUUAUCACCAACUUUGCGCCAACCAUUUUCGCACCCGGCAUCAGCCAGCUGAACGAGGAAUUCAACAUCACCUCGAGCACCGUCAGCACCCUGGCCAUAACGCUCUACGUCCUGGGCAUCUCCAUCGGGCCGAUGUUCACGUCGCCGCUCAGCGAAGUGUACGGCCGCCUCGUCGUGUAUCACGCCAGCAUGGUCGUGUUUGUGGCCUUUGUGGUGGCCAAUGCCGUGAGCCAGAACACGGCGCAGUUUCUCGUCUUUCGCUUCCUCUCUGGCUGCGCAGGCGGCACGCCGCUUUCGCUCGGCGGCGGAACCAUUGCCGAUCUCACGAGCCCGGCGCAGCGCGCCCUGGCCAUGGCCCUCUUCAGCCUGGGUCCCAUGUUUGGGCCGGUCCUGGGGCCGGUGAUGGGAGGCUUCGUCGCCGCCGCAAAAGGCUGGCGCUGGACCUUUUGGGUGCUCGCCAUCGUCGGCGGCGGCAUGCAGCUCCUCAGCUUCGCCCUCAUGCGCGAGACGCACCCCAAGGUGAUCCUCGACAGCAAGGCGGCGCGCCUCCGGCGGUCGAGCGGGGACGCCGCCUUCCGAUCCAGGCUCGCGCGCGCGACCACGCCGGGUCAGGUCCUGGUCCAGGUCCUUGUCCGUCCGACGGCGCUCCUGCUCCGCUCGCCCGUGCUGCUGCUCAUGUCGCUGUACGUGGGCUUCAUCUUCGGCGUCAUGUACCUGCUGUUCAGCACCUUUGACGGCGUGUUCCAGGCGCAGUACGGCUUCAGCGUCGCCGUGUCGGGCCUCGUCUAUCUCGGCCUGGGCCUGUCCGCCGCGACGGGCAUCGUCUUCUUUACCGUCUUCAACCAGCGGAUCCAAGCCGCCUGCAUGAAGCGAGACGGCGUGGCGGCCCCAAAGCCAGAGCACCGCUUGGUUCUGAUGAUUUGGUUCAGCCCAGGCGUGCCUGCUGGCCUGUUCAUUUACGGCUGGGCUACGUUUUACAAGAUCCACUGGUUUGUCCCCAUUCUUGGGACCGUGCUGAUCGGUUACGGCGCUUUUUUUGUGCUGAUGCUCACUCAACUCUACCUCGUCGAGGUAUUCGGCACAAAGGCAGCAGCUUCCGCCCUCGGCGCCAACAUCUUGGUGCGUUACCUGGGAGGCACGUUUCUGCCACUGGCCGGCCCAAGCAUGUAUGCGACGCUCGGCCUGGGCUGGGGAAACAGCUUGCUGGGAUUUGUGUCGCUCGCCUUCAUCCCUGCUUCCAUAUUCCUGUACAAGUAUGGAGAGCAGCUGAGAAACAAGUCUUCAGUGAAGGCUUAA